AUGUUGAGUUUGGUGCUGAGGCGGUGGGGUGAGAAGGGCAGAAGGGAGGUGAAACCGGCGGGAGGUGCGUGGGAAGGGUGUGAGGAACGGGUUCUUGAAGUGGGUCGAAAGGGAGAAGGAGGUGGGUGGGAAGGGUGCGAGGAAAAGAACUUUGAAGUGGGUAGGAAAGCAGGGGGAGAUGUGUGGCGAGGGGAAAGGGUUGAUAAGGCAAGGGGUGCUGAGGCGAUCUUUGAGUCGAUUUCUGAGCCGACUCAAAAACUGGUGGGAGGUGCGUGGGAAGGGUGUGAGGAACGGGUUCUUGAAGUGGGUCGGAAAGGAAGGGGAGGUGGAUGGCGGGGGGGGAGCCCGGAGAAGGGCGAUGAUGAGGCAAGGGGUGUCGGUGGAGGUGGGAAGAGUGGGGCAAGAGAUGGCUUGGGGACGGAUUUGAGCCUUGCUGUUGGUCAGGGAAUGGGGAUCGGGAGAAGAGGGGAGGAGGAAGAGAGGCGGACGGAAGAGAGAACAGUGAUUGCAGGGAGGAAAGAGCGGGGGGAUUCUUUGGCAUCCGUGCUUGCUUUGUCAACAGCAGGAUGCUCUGCAGUGGCUGCUGCCGGGGCCGGGUCCCUUCCUUGCAGCAUUGCAGCAACCAAAAGCACCCGUUCUUCUACUACUGCAGGGGCUACGUUGGCUUCAGCAACAACGGCUGUAGCAGCUAUCGCCCCUGCUCCUGCUGCAAUGAUGGCCGCUGGUGCAGUUUUGGGUCCUGGAUUGCUUAUGGCGGCUCCUGCGGUUAUGGCAGCGGCUGGAGCAGUGGAAGGAGGGGGGGCAGGGAGUGGUGGCGUGAGGCUUCGACUCAAAACGCGGCUGGAUGGAGCAGGGGAAGGAGGGGGGGGUCAGUCAGGGCAGGGAAUGGUGGUGUGA